AUGUCGGUUUGUGAUGUUGCUCUGAGACCGAUUUGCAAGGAAUUGGUGCAUUGGCAAGGAAGCUGCACUGGCGAAUCCAUCGUGAUAUAUCUCACAGUGGAGGGUGCUGUGACACCAAUGCGGGUUUUGGAGUCUGAUUCCGUUGCUUCAGUGAAAAUGAGGAUUCAGACACGCAAAGGGGUUGCAGGGAAGAAGCACAAGCUGGUUUCUAAUGGCAGAGAGCUUGCUCGCAACGAUGCACUCAUCAAGGAGUAUGAUGUCACUGCAGGGAAUGUUCUUCACUUGGUUCUUCGUCUUUCUGACAUGAUCUUCAUUGUUUUGAGAACCACCUGUGGCAAGGAGUUUGAGUUACAAAUUGAUAGGCAUAGAAACGUGGGGUAUCUUAAGCAACGCAUUAAGAAGAAAGGGAAAGGUUUUAUUGAUCUCGAGGAUCGAGAGCUAUUCUGUGGUGGGGAAGAGCUUGAUGAUCAUAGGCUCUUCCGUGAUAUAUGCAAGAGUGAUGAUGAUGUGAUUCACUUGAUAGUUCAAAAGUCAGCAAAAGUUAAGGCCAAACCAGUUCACCAAGGUUUGGAGCUUUUUGUUGUGGCAGAUUCUCAAGGUGUGGGAGAGAAUCAGAUACCACCUGGAGUAGAUUUCUGGUUGGAACCAGUUUUUGUGAAUCCUACGAUCAAGUUUUUUCCUUUCCUUUGGGACAUGAUCGACUCCACAUUCGAUGGCUUGAAAAAUGGAAAUCACCCUAUCAGGUCUUCUGAGGGCACAGGUGGGACUUACUUCAUGCAAGACUCAAAAGGUGUGGACUAUGUUUCAGUGUUUAAACCCAUUGAUGAGGAACCUAUGGCAGUGAACAACCCGCGAGGCCUAACGAGUUCAUCUGAUGGUGAAGGUUUGAAAAGAGGGACAAGGGUGGGAGAAGGAGCUUUGAGAGAAGUUGCAGCCUAUAUAUUGGAUCAUCCAAGGGCUGGACCACGUUUGGUAUCAGGUGAAGCAAUAGGCUUUUCUGGUGUUCCCCCUACUGUUAUGGUGCAGUGCUUACACCAAGCCUUUAAUAACCCAAUUGGGUUUGGUUGCUCUUCUAAGAUGGGGUCAUUGCAAAUGUUCAUGGACAAUGAUGGUAAUUGUGAGGAAAUUGGACCACGGGCUUUUUCAGUGGAAGAAGUACAUAAGAUAACCGUGCUUGAUAUAAGAAUGGCCAAUGCAGACAGGCAUGCUGGGAAUAUUCUGUUCAGAAAAGAGGCAAAUGGCCACACUAUGCUCAUUCCUAUUGAUCAUGGCUACUGUCUACCAGAAAAAUUUGAGGAUUGCACAUUUGAUUGGCUUUACUGGCCCCAAGCACGUGAACCAUACUCUCCAGGUACAGUUGAAUAUAUUAAAUCUCUUGAUGCUGAAAAAGAUAUAGAACUUUUAAAACAUUAUGGGUGGGAUGUUCCACUUGAGUGUGGACGAACUCUCCGAAUCUCCACAAUGUUAUUAAAGAAAGGGGUUGAGAGAGGUCUCACACCCUAUGCCAUUGGAAGCAUUUUGUGUAGGGAAAAAGUGAACAAGGAAUCAAUGUUGGAGGAGAUUGUUUAUGAAGCGCAAGAAUCAGGGUUAGCUGGUACAGGGGAAUCUGUUUUUCUUGAAUCUGUCUCCCAGAUUAUGGAUUCCCGCCUUGAUAAGCUUUCAAAAUGAUUCUUUCAGAUACAUAAGUAUAUAAUAAUAUAUAUAUAUUUGCGUUUGUAUUGAGUGAAUACUGUGGUCCAUGUUUUGGAUGGGACUACACAUGAGGAUGGCUAAGGGUGUGGUGGACACAUAGGUCUAAA